GUCGGAUUUGCCUAGCAGAAGACUGAUUCCGGGGGUUGCAGACGCGUCUUAUAGCGGCGGUGGUCAACUAUCCUUGACGCGUUGACAUUCAGCACGACCAGGGGUACCAAUCAAUUUGGGUACCUGCAACCGGUUCAGAUAUUAUUAUUAUGAUAGAUAGCUUACGAACCAUAUGCAGAUCAUCAGCCAAACCGCGGGCGAUGAAGGAGGUUAUGGUGGUGGUCCCCCGGUUUGGCUCUGCAAAGGUGGCACAGCGCGAGGUUGACUCCCUCGUUUGUAACCGGAUACUCGAUGGCGAAGAGCAGUAUCUUGUGAAAUGGAAACGGAUCGUUGCCCCGAAUGCUUACUCAUGGCAUUAUCUUCCCGAGCUCACACUUUGCCUGGCCUUACUGCAAGACUACCUUAAGGCUCGACGAGAACGGAUACAUUCCAAAACCAGUAAUCUAAAACGAAAAAGCCCGCAUGCAGAACAACGGGCUCACCUCUAUGAGCAUGACCCCCAGAGUCGAUCACCUAGUGUACAGAGCUCCAGUUCGGAGUCCAUCUCUGCGAAAGCCCAGGCGCUGAGUUUAGGCGAGUCCUACAACUGCACGGUUUAUCCCGAUGGGGACCACAUACGAGUUCGAUCGUCUUUGAGACUUCCAUGUGCCGAACGGAUUCCCACAGCCGAGAUGAUGGCCGUCGCGGCAACCUCGUCAACGCGGCAUGCUUCCCACAAGAUCCGCACUCAUAUCCUUAAGCGACUGAAGGCGUUGCCGGGUCCGGAGAUCACGUAUCAAAACAUCCAUGACGCAAGCGACAUUCCCUUGCGGUUUGAAUUCAUCGAAGCGUGCGUCCUUCGGGAAGGGCUCACCCGAGUGGACCCGGAGACGAUCGUCGGCUGCCAGAAAGAAUGUCGGCCCAAUAUGGGCAAGAAUAUUGGGUGCCAGCUGUCCAUUUGCGAAUGCCUAGAGUUCGCGGCGGUGCAAGAAGGUCGGCUCAACGAAGAACAAUGGGUACGAUAUAGGUCUAAUCCCGGGGAUACGGCGGGACUGCCAAAACGGUUUCCGUAUCACACGAGCGUGGCCCAGAGGGAUGGGUGUCUGGUGGAGUUUUAUCUCCGUGGUCGCCACCCCAUUUACGAAUGCAACCACCGUUGCAAUUGCGGCCCGGGUUGCAACAAUCGCAUGGUCCAACAUGGACGCCAGCUUCCGCUCGAGAUCUUCAAGACGAAGGACCGCGGCUGGGGACUCCGGUGCCCGCUCGCGAUCCGUAAAGGUCAGUUUAUCGACACGUAUCGCGGCGAAAUCAUCACGGACGAAGAGGCGGACCGUCGUGAAGCACGGAGUGGCAAAGGAAAGGAGUCUUACCUUUACGCGCUGGAUAAGUUCGAGGACGAGCUUCGCGAGCGAGAGGAAGCGCCGUACGUCGUGGAUGGGGAGCACAAGGGAGGGCCUACGCGGUUUAUGAACCACUCGUGCGACCCGAACGUCCUGCAAUACACGGUGUCGUACAAUAAAUACGACCAGAAAGUCUACGACCUGGCGUUCUUCGCCCGGCGAGACAUCCCCGCCAACGAAGAGCUCUCGUUCGACUAUCUGGAUAAGGACGAGGAAGAUAACGAAGCCGGGACUGGGGUGUUGACUUCGCAGGUCGACGACGUGGAGGUGUGGACGCCUGAUGACAAUGGGACGGUGGUUCCGUGUCGCUGUGGAGCGGAGAAAUGCCGAAAGGUGCUUUGGACUUGAGGAGACGGCUGCGGUCCUCUAAUGACGGGAGGAAAGGCGUGGGCAGGAAACCUCUGCAUUUUGAUAGAUACAGUUGUACUGUGCAGGACCACUGCGAAGUGGAACGAAGGGACGUAAUAGGCGUCGCUAGGCAGGAUGAACGAGACAUGGAUAACCACGCCGGGAUGCAUAGACACCCCUCUCAAAAUGGCAGAGCGCUGGAAUUGAGCGAUCGGUCGACAUGCUGAUGUCGGAUAUAUGGAGGCGCCCUUAUUAUUAAUUUGGAGGGGCCGUUCAUGUUUGAUUACAGGCUCCGCACCCCAGAUAGCAGCGUGCCCUGGAGCCGCGGGAUAAUUCAACGCAAUUCGAAAGCAUGGGCUUAUGACGGAGACUUGAUCUAUGAUAUGAGAGGAUU